AUGUUCCAAAACUUUCCUCCUCCGUCCCAAUUCGCCUUCAACUCGGUCCCAUUGUUCCCUAAUCAGCUCUUGAACCUGGGUGACCAACAGAACCAGCAGUAUAUUUUGCAGCAAGUUGCCAACGGGGUUCACCAGCCGCUCCCCGACCUUCUGGGUCUCACCAAUGCUCCAGGUCCCGUACACAAGAGGCCGCGUCUGAACACAGACUUCUCCAUGCCAAUGUCAUACUCAAAUGGACGGUCAGGGCAAGAUACGAAGGAGAAAGCCCCUUUUGCCAGUUCGUCAAAUGUCGGUUCCCAUACUGGACGGAAGGCGUUUGGCUUUUUCCCUGACGACGGCAUCCCAUCCGGAUGGACCAGCUCGCGUCUGGCCGAGUGCUUUGCUAGUUUCACUAUGUGUCAGCCAUGUUCUCCGUUUGAUUCCUCGCCUGCAUACCAACCCAUUCUGACACCACCGUCCUAUGACUUUGACGAUGCCGGGUCGGCCUCCACAAACGCAGUGACCGCGGCGCUGACGUCUCAGAAUCCAGCAUCGCUGGCAUCUGCACCACUCACUAUUGCUGCCAGCCCGGCCCAGCUGUACCCAUGUGAUACCUCGCUCCUUCUUGACGCAUAUUUGCCCAACUAUCCUCCAAUGCGACCAACCUCUGUGACUGGAAUCCAGCCACCUACUGGCAGAGAAGAGAUGAUCUACCCGGUCACGUCUCCUGUCACUGUCACAGAUGGUAGCAACGGGGGAAGUCCCCAAGCAUCUAGCCUGGAAAGUGUGUCGUUACAAUCGAGCAGUCUUGGGAAUGGCUAUGCUGCCAGCGCACUGCCGACAAACUAUGACGAGGAGAAAGCCCUCAUGAGUCUCGCUCCUCCUGGAUUCCCAAUUCUGAAUCUUGAACUGGAACAGCGCAGCGCUGGAGCUCUUCCAGAUAACCAGGACAGAAUCCCAUCCCUCAACUUCUGUCCACCACAAAGGUCAACGCCCGUCAAGCGUGGGCCUUUUAAGGACCAAGAUCAGCGAGAAAAGACUGCUCUCACCAGAAAGAUUGGCAGUUGUAUUCGGUGCCGAAUGCAGCGAAUUCGGUGUAACUUGGACCCGGAGAAUAAAAGGGGUCCUUGUCUGUCAUGCAAGAAGAUAGCCAUGAACACAAGGGUAUACCGACUAAACUGCCUGCGCUGGAAGAUCACUGAUGUCCGGCUUUUCAAGCCCGGCCAAGUCAAGGGGCAAGAGUGGACCCGACGCUGGCAAGACAAUGUCAUGGAAGAGAUUGCCACUUGGGAGUCAUCUGAGAUCAGGACAAUCCACGUCACCGAAGGCUACACGGGUCAGUCUGUUAGGUUGCGGGUGCGGCAAUUCAAGCCACUGCCAGGUGACAGUCUCGAGAGGUCGUGGGUGUCAAAUGGUGUGAAGAAACGCGUCAAAAUUCCCCCAUACGCGAUCGUCAACAUGGAGGAAGCCCGCGCAGCGUUUGAUCGGUACAUCAAGAAUCAUAUGUACGAAUGCUGCAACAAUCUUGUGGCUUCGAGAGACCCCUUUCUCUGGAAAACUUAUGCUCUGGCGAUCGACAUGGCCAAGGAUCAAUCGACUCCACCGGCGGAGAAGAGCUUACUCUCAGCCACGCUAGACCUUUGGAUGUCUGUCCGGCUGACGACUAAAUCGUUCGAGAUUGUGGGCGAAGAUACACUUGGCAUGCCGCGCAAUAUUAUCGACGAUGAGGCCAACCCGCUCUAUGGGAAGAUUCCGUUGCCACCGGUCAUGGGGGCACAGAUCGAUUCUGUUCUAAUUCACCAAAUCCAGCCACGACUACGACGCAGAACGUUAGAAGAACUUCAAAAGAUGACACAGGAAAAGAAGCAAAAGACAUGGCUCACUACUUAUCUGGUCACUUUCAUUCUCCUACACAACAUCGCUCUCAUUACCAAGCACGACGCCGAGUACGCGAAAAAACAUGACCUGAAGCGUCGGUUCGCGCGAGAGGAAACAGUUAAGGAAUACAAUAUUGGAGCGAACACCUUGCUUGCCUAUUACCAUUACUGUAACAAAGCAGUGUAUCCUUUUUCUCCCGAGUGCAAGGAUCAGGACCUGCAGAGCCUCGCCGAGUUAGAUGACAACGGCCUCGACUUUGUGCGUUAUACGCGACGCAUUGUUGCAGAACACAAGAAAGAAUGGGCGCAGCUGUGGGAGUCAAAUGCCUACGAAAACGAGUAUUACUAUGUCAGCCAGCUCUACGAGCAAAGCUGGCAGCCCCGGACCAUGGUUUAG